UUUCAUAUUAAAUAUCUUAUUCUUUCCCUAAAUAUACAUAUCACUAGUCAAGGAAAAAAGAUUUUGAAAGAAGGAGGAGUGCAGAUGACAUCACUGACAACACUUCUCAGUCAUCAUCGUUACCUGUUCCUUUACCACGACACUCUCGUAAUUUCAAAGCAAAAAGGUGCAUGCAGUUAUAAGCUGAAGGAAAAACUGCGUCUGAAUCGUGUAUGGGUGGCAUCGUCGAACUCGGCAGACUCCUUCCUGAUCGGAUGGCCGUUUUGUAAUUACCUUGUGCAUUUCAGGAGUCGUAGCGAAAAAGAGGAAUGGUACGAGUUGUUCUCCUAUUGUGUUCAACAGUGCCUUCGACCACUUUCGACCACAAUUGCAAUGGACAUUAACGUGCGAGGAAGGAAGCAGGUGAUUCGUCGUCGCAUCGACAAUGGCAAAAAAAGUGGUGAGCUGGUAAUGGAGACAGCGGCCGACCUUGGGUUGUCACACACUUCUUACGAACUGAGGCUUGUCGUCGGAGAGGGAUCGGGAAAAACUUUACAAGGACCGGAGAACGUAUAUGUUGUCAUAAUGAGUGAGAUUGAAAGACAAGGCAUACGGCUGUCGGAUAGCCAGCGGCAGUCGUUGGAUGCUUGCCCGAUCGCUAACGCUCGGCUGAUCCUUUCGAACAUCAAAUCAUCGAAGAGUUCGUCACCUAUGCAGAUCGUGAACAAUAUAAAGAAACGUGUACUGCAACGUAGUGAUUCUCGUGGGAUAUUUGGACGUGAAUUAGAUGGUCCCACUCCUCCACAACCGGUCAUGAGUAUUGUCGACCAUCUGAGGAUGCAUGGCUAUGACAUGGAAGGAGUGUUCAGAAAAUCUCCAAAGCAGAGUACUCUAAGAGAAUGCCGGUCAGAAAUCGAACGUGGACUCGUUCCCGACUACAAAAAGUAUGGAACACACGUGCUCGCAUCUGUUUUAAAAGACUAUCUAAGAAGCAUCCCGGGUAAAAUAUUGCUCAGCGGCAACUACGAUCUGUGGAUCAAAGAGGUGGUGGACGAGGCAGACCAUGAGAAAAAGGUUCGAACACUUCUGGGAAUUCUGCCCAAAGCACAUGCCAUUCUGCUCACCAACGUACUCAAGCUGCUCAACAAAAUAGCCAGUUCUCCCAGUUCUAAGAUGACUGCAUCGGCGUUGUCAGUAUGUCUGGCACCAAGCUUUCUGGAAACUCAAUCAUCUGAUCCGCUGGAAAGUGGCAAGAAGAUCCCAUUACUGGUCGAGUUCUUGAUCUUGAAUGCAUCAGAAGUGAUGCCACCGGGAUUCAAUUCCGACAAUAUCUUCUCCAUCUUGAAUUCAGUUGAUCAUAAUGCCAAUCACUUAUGCAGCCCUGAACCGACAUGUUCCGACGAUGAGGGCUCGCAGCGAACUCCGAUCAUCGAAGAAGUUGACGGAGGUAGGCAUCACAGUAUUCAAUGGGCUCAUGAUUGUCGCGACAGAAUAUUCUUUUUCAGAUCAGUUGCUGUCCUCGAGAAGAAAAGUUUAUUUCAGGAAGAACCACCUUCGCGAAAAGAGUCACGAGAAGAAGCUACUCAGACGCCUGACUGUGGUCUACCACGAAUCGGCGAUUGCCACUCCCGUUUCCCUGCAUUUCGCGGAUCUGUCACACAUUCUCAGGAAGUUGCUGAUGCAAUCGUUGAGCCCCAGUUGCGUGCGCCCUCAAAAGAAGGAAAUCACGUACCGUCCCAAGAGCCGAUCCUUCGAACUAUAACAGGUAAUGGUGAACUCAGGUCUUCAAUAGCUUUUGUUUAUCUAUUGCAAUCGUCCUGUCUUUGUGAGUUAGGAAUGAAAAUUCAGUACGAUGUUUCCGUUUAUGACAGAAUCCUAUACAUUCGAAUACACAACUCUCCACCCACCACGUAUACGACAGCUGCAUCAGUGAAAUCUGUACGACGCGCUGACGCUUGCGUGGGCAUGGAUUCACUGGAAAUCAAUUGGAGUGUACGACAACUGAAAACUCUGUUCCAAGAUAAGCGAGCUCCCUCCAUUAAUACUGACUACACAACAAGUUAA